AUGGCUCGGCUAAAUGACUAUACAGCUCCUCCAGAGUCAAUCGAGGCCCUCAAGCGAAGAUUUGUGCGACAGAAUAAAGAGAUCGCGCGGGUCAAUUCCAUGCAGUCCCUUCGGAUCCGAAGUCUAGAGUCUGAAGUCGCCCACCUGCUCGCGGAGAAUGUCUCCUUACGACAACAAGUGAUCAAUGUCACUCAGGAGGCCGAGAGAUUGGAGGCCGCGAAAAUGCUCCAUGCCGGGGUCUACGCGAUAAAAUCCCGACUUGACGCCAAGAUUGCAGAGCUUAAUGACCUUGCAUUAGAUCUUGGUAUGCUUCCUCGCAAGGUUGGCACGCUAGAAAAGUCCGAUAUGGAGCGCCCCAAAAUGGCGGGGUCGCGACCGCAACCAAUAGACCCGGAUUAUCCUGGCGUGGAAGAUGGGAAGCUGCCUGCCAUUUUGGAAGAUAAAUGCUACCCCCGGCGUACUCUAGAACCACUAGAGAUCCAGAAUGUCGUGCAGAUGGACUCCAGUCCCGCUCCACCUGUAUUUGAGGUCGAUCUAACACAGCAUCCUGUCACGGAAAGCCCCUCACCUAGUCCAGCAAUCCAUGAAGUCCUGCCAGAGAGCCAGCUAGGCAAUCCCCCGAUUUCUGACCACUUUCUCCCACCCACACUCGAGACACGCAAGAAGAAAAAGAGAACAGACUCCGUGACCCCCGCAAAGAAAGAUUUCACAGCGGAGGAACAGAAACCCCCUGUAGGAGACAUUAUACGGCCGGUGAAGUCAGGGUCCAAACGCAAAUUUAGCCCAGACAAAGACGGAGCUCUAUCGGAUGAGGAUGGACUUUCAGAAAGUGACGAGUUCCAAUUCAGCCGACCUAGUCAGAGUCCACAAAGGCAUGUUGACUUGUUGCAGUUGAUGCAUCAGGAUCCUUCACCCACGAAGACCCCGGUGAGCAUCAAACGUGGACCAGCCACUGGAACUAUGAAACGGAAAGUUCUUGAACCGAAGAGUGCAAAUGUCAACUUCAGCUCACCCAAGAAAGCUCGGGCAUCGUUGCAUUCUGAUAAUAAGCUCCCACUGCCGAUUGUUGGCAACGAAAAUACCGUGUCGCCCCAGAAACCGAAGGACUUGGAAAAACACAGAGGCCGUGGCUUGAAUCAGGCGGCGCGUCGACCUCGUCCAGCGUCCGAUGCUCAGAGAGAAAGAAGCUUUCAGCCCUCGAUGCAGUCAGAACAACCGACUCCUACACUACUCAAAGAUUCUCCAAUCGUCCAGUCCGACAUUGUGGUCAGUGUUGCAGAUGCUGCAGCGACAUCCCGAUCUUCGCGACGCCGGGGAGCAGUGGUCAGCUAUGCGGAGCCUAACCUGCGUGACAAAAUGCGUCGCCCAACCAAAGAACUGAUUGAUGCGGUGGGAAGAAAUGGAGCCCGCAGAUCCUCAAGCUUCCUACUUGGUGCAGAAAACUCGGGUGAGGCGGGUGAUCUAUCUCAAGGAGAAAAGCCGACCAGCCCUUGUCCGCAGCCGAACCAAAUCAAAGCCAACUCAGAUUCCACUCAUGAAGCAAUUGAUAUGUCUUCCAAAGACGACGCAUCAAAUCAAUUGUUGGAAGCAAUGUCACGACGGAGGCAAUCACGGCGCCACUCGUCUAAUCCAAACAGCGGCACUCGCGAUAAAUCGCCCCCAAGGCAUACCUCUGGGAAUGGAGAACCACAGUCUCCAGUGUGGAAGAAAUCCUCCCCCAACACAAGUCUAGCUGACAUACAGCCAGAUAGCUCUUUGGACAAUGAUGACUUCGCUGGUCAAGGUUCCAGAGUGGAUGCCAGUUAUCGCCGAGAGACUCGUGUGGCGGCUAGAAGGAAGAGUAUGAUGGUGUAA